GUCUUCGACGCCAAAGCAUACCGCGGACAAAAAACACAGCUAGUCAACUAUGCCGCUUCACCUAAGCUUCUGAGCGCUACCAUGUGGCAACACACCACUUCAGGACUGGAACUAGUAGAUUCAACGGACGAAAUGCCUUUCAAGCUAUUGAUAGCAGGAAGAGUGUCAGCCUUUCGUCUCAAGGUCAGACCUGAAGGUAGUCACAUGAAGAACGGAAUGACUUCACUUGACAAAGCCAAGUACCAGUUUCAUCUGACUCACCCUGCGGACACGGAAUUAGGAAAAGACUACAAUGCUGCUAUUAGCACUCUGGAAACCUUGCAAAGCCAGGUAGCAACAACCAAGGAC